UCUGAUGGCUAACAAGUUGGAUACAGCCAUGUGGAUUUCUCGCUUGUUCACGGUUUACUGCUCAGCUUUAUUUGUCCUGCCCCUUCUAGGGUUGCAUGAAGCAGCAAGCUUUUAUCAGCGCGCCUUGCUGGCAAAUGCUCUUACUAGUGCCCUCCGACUACACCAAAGGCUACCGCACUUUCAGCUUAGUAGGGCAUUUCUGGCCCAGGCUUUGUUGGAGGACAGCUGCCACUACCUGUUGUACUCUCUUAUCUUUGUGAAUUCCUACCCUGUUACAAUGAGUAUUUUUCCAGUUCUGCUGUUCUCUUUGCUUCAUGCUGCCACAUAUACAAAGAAGGUUCUUGAUGCACGAAGUUCAAAUAGUCUGCCCCUUCUGAGAAAUCUUUUAGAGAAACUGAGUGCUAAUCAACAGAAUAUUCUAAAAUUCAUUGCUUGCAAUGAAAUUUUCCUGAUGCCAGCUACAGUUUUCAUGCUCUUCAGUGGGCAAGGGAGUCUGCUCCAGCCAUUCAUUUACUAUAGAUUUCUUACAUUACGCUACUCCUCUCGGCGAAAUCCAUACUGUCGGACUCUCUUCACUGAGCUGAGGAUUGUUGUUGAACACUUAAUAAUGAAGCCCUCGUGCCCUGUUUUUGUAAGAAGACUGUGCCUCAGCAGCAUUUCCUUUAUAAGCAGAUUGGCACCAACUGUUGCAUAGCCAAAUUUCAGGCACUUGUGUUUUGUGAACAUUAUGAGCAGCUGGCACUUCUGCUGAUGAUUAUAAAUUCCUGGUUUUACACUGAUCUCA